GUCUGUAAUACAAUGAACCUUAAUAGUGCGUGACAUACACACAGUCAACCCCUUAAAAAACAGAACAAAAAUGAGUGGAAUUUACAGUUUAGUCAAAGGUGUGUGGAGUUUGGGCCCCAAAGAAUACCUAAGGCAACGCCUAAAACUACCUCUAAUCAAGUUUAUACACGACACUGUAAAACUAUACAAAAGCAGGACACGAUCAGGUGUCAAUACCAUCAAGGAAGUACUAAUUAGAGGGGCGAUUAUAGCUUUAAUUACAUCAAUACUGGUAUGGCUUUCUAUACUUAUGUAUAUGGCUUUUUACUAUGUUUAUGUACCUAGUGUCAAGCAUGAAAGGCCUGUUCAUUUGAAGUUCAAACCUUGUGGUGCAACAAUCAAUUGCAACCUUGAAAAAGGCUUGUGCAGUUUUCCUGCUGCCCAUGUUCAACUAACUACAAGACAGCAAAUACUUAUGAUGGGGCAACCAUACAAAAUACAUUUAGAUUUAGAAAUGCCUGAGUCUCCUGCUAAUAGAGAUUUAGGGAUGUUUAUGGUCUGUGUGGAUUUUAGGGCUUCAGAUGGCAAAACUGUUGCCAACUCAUGCAGAUCUGCAAUGUUGCACUAUAGGAGUACUUUAAUUGAUUCUCUUUACAAAAUUUUGUUUAUGCCUUUUUUUAUUUUUGGCUCUUCUGAGGAAAAGCAAGUUGUUCAUGUUGAGCUGUUUUCAGAUUAUGAAGAAUCAGAGUACAAACCAGUUACAGAUAUUUAUGUGGAAGUUCAAUCGAGGCACAUAGAAAUUUACUCGUCGAAAUUUUCGGUGAAUGCCGAAUUUUCCGGACUUCGUUAUGUGAUGUUCAACUGGCCGGUACUAUCGGCCGCCCUUGGAAUUACCGCCAAUUUGUUUUUCAUUGCGCUCUCUUGUCUUAUUAGCUGGUUCCAGAUUAUAAAUUCGGAGGAGUAUUUGAAUUAUAUUGAUGGCGAAGGCAGUAGGAUACUAGAAGCUUUUAUUGAUGAUGAUUCAGAUUCUUCUGAGGAGGAAAACGCUGCGAUUCGUAGAAGAAAAAAUUAUCCUGUUGAAGAAGUUACAAAGGAUGUCUUGGAUGGAUUUUAAACUUUUAUACAUUUAUAUGUUUUUAUGUACAAAGACUUGGGAUCAAUAAUUUUAAGAAGGCUUAAAGUUUUUUCUAGUUAGUGUUUUUUUUUUGUAAAUUUUAUACUUCUUGUUAAAUAAAAAGUUUCUAUAUUGUUACGCUUAGGUUAAUUGGCUGUGGUCAACAGUACUAACACUUUUACUUCAC